AUGCCUUCUACAGUAGUACCUGAUUUCCUUAAGGACUUGAAUACCCCAGUUGCCAUUCCGGAGGGCCAGAUCAAGAGAAUCGCCAUAAUCGGUGGAGGUGCUUCAGGGGCGAUAGCUUUGGACACUUUGGUCAAAGAGAAGAAGUUUGACGAGAUUGUGCUUUUCGAGAGAAGAGACACUUAUGGAGGUAUUUGGGUGCUUGACCAGUCGCCUAAAGCUGCCCAUGAACUUAUUAAGGCUGGAGCUCUGACGGCUGAUCUCGAUCCGCCUUUGGAGAACCCUUUCAAUGGAGAUCUUUCUGGUGCUUCGAAGAUCAGAAGGUUCCAGGAACACCAGGAACGGUUUGUUCAUACGCCUUGUUAUAACGGUAUGCUUACGAACAUUAUUGAAAAUAUGAUGACCUAUAGUGAUGAAAAGGCCUGGUUGCCUGGAUCCAAGAAUAAGUAUGUGGACAGGGGAGACGUCAGGAACUACAUUGAUCGUUACAUUGGUCGUCACAAGAACGAGUCUUCCGUAAGACUUGUGCCUAAUACUGCUGUGGAGGAUGUACAAAGGAAUGUCGUCACAGACAAGGAAAUUCCGUACGAUUUUACCUUGACUUUACGUCACCAGCUUCAAGAUAGCACUGAGGAAUGGUACCAGGAGAAAUUCGAUGCUGUUGUAGUUGCCACAGGCCAUUACCAUGUUCCCUUUAUUCCAGCUACACCAGGACUUGCUGAAGUACAAGAAAAGUGGCCAAGUGUGGUCCAGCACGCAAAGUACUACCGUAAUUCUGCUCCUUAUAAAGACAAGACGGUUGUGGUGAUUGGCGCUAGAGCUCUGGGUGCCGAUUUGACGAAAUAUGCUGCUGAUACUGCUACAAAGGUGUACCAGCUGAUCCGUGAAGUAACGUCCCAGCAGCGUAAGAGUAGAAGAGAGAAUGUGGAAAUCAAACCUGGCAUUAAGGGAAUCGAAGUUAAAGAAGAUGGUUUUUCGGUGGUUUUCCUGGACGGUUCGGUGGUAUCUAACCCAGACCAUAUCAUAUAUGCUACUGGGUACCAGUUCCUGUUCCCAUUUCUUCGGCGUGAGUACGGCGAUAUCGCCAGAAACGGGGUCAUUUUGCCUUCUCUCUACCAGCAUACGUUCUUUAUUAACGAACCAUUGCUUGUUAUUUUGGGCGUCCCAACUGACGCUAUCUCGUUCCGUGCUUUUGAGUACCAGGCAGUUUUGGCAGGCAGGUACUUGGCCAGCAGGGUUAGUUUGCCCAACAGAAGUGAACAGCUUCAGUGGGCCGAAAACAGGUUACAAGAGAAAGGUGAACGCAGGGCGUAUCACACCAUUGGAGCCACUGAUGCCCUUGAGUAUAUGAGAACACUCACAGAGCUAGGAACUCUCAAAGGACUGGAUCCAGUAGGCAGAGAGUUCCCUGAAGUGACAGAAGAGGAUGUCAAGGAAUACGCCGAGUCAGGCGCAAAGUUAAGAGAGGCAUGGGACAUGCCCCGGGUAGCUUCAUAG